GUGCAAAGCUUUCUUAGUUGGAAGAGAGGAAGUGGCAAUAACGUUCAAGGAUACAGAUUCGAUCACUUUGAAAAUGAUAUAGUCAGAACCCCGAGCCACUCCCCCCCCCCAAAAAAAAAAUAGGGGGUGGCAGAUGUGUGAUACCGAGAUAGGAAACUGGCCACUGAUCCUUAAAAGAACUAGGUGUGUUAAUAUGGCCAGGACCAAGCAGACAGCUCGUAAAUCCACCGGUGGCAAAGCCCCCCGUAAGCAGCUGGCUACUAAAGCUGCCCGGAAGAGCGCGCCUGCCACUGGGGGAGUGAAGAAGCCUCAUCGUUAUCGCCCCGGCACUGUAGCCCUGCGAGAGAUCCGCCGCUACCAGAAAUCCACUGAGCUGCUCAUCCGCAAGCUGCCCUUCCAGCGCCUGGUCCGUGAAAUCGCCCAGGACUUCAAGACCGACUUGCGCUUCCAGAGCUCGGCCGUUAUGGCCCUGCAGGAGGCGAGCGAAGCCUACUUGGUGGGGCUCUUUGAAGACACCAACCUGUGCGCUAUUCACGCUAAGAGAGUCACCAUCAUGCCCAAGGACAUCCAGUUAGCCCGGCGUAUCCGUGGUGAGAGGUUCCCGGUGGGUCGAGUGCACCGGCUGCUACGCAAAGGUAAUUACGCUGAGCGGGUCGGGGCUGGAGCUCCGGUCUAUAUGGCCGCGGUGCUGGAGUAUCUGACCGCUGAGAUUCUCGAGUUGGCCGGCAACGCUGCUCGGGACAACAAGAAAACCAGGAUCAUCCCCCGUCACCUGCAGCUCGCCAUCCGUAACGACGAGGAGCUCAACAAGCUCCUGGGGAAAGUGACGAUCGCUCAGGGCGGUGUCCUACCCAACAUCCAGGCGGUGCUGCUACCCAAGAAAACCGAGAGCCACAAGGCCAAGAGCAAUCUAGCACAGAUGAACCUGAUGAAGGGGAAGAGACCUCAGUUCCCGGUGGGUCGAGUGCACCGGCUGCUCCGCAAAGGUAAUUACGCUGAGCGGGUCGGGGCUGGAGCUCCGGUCUAUAUGGCCGCGGUGCUGGAGUAUCUGACCGCUGAGAUUCUCGAGUUAGCCGGCAACGCUGCUCGGGACAACAAGAAAACCAGGAUCAUACCCCGUCACCUGCAGCUCGCCAUCCGUAAUGACGAGGAGCUCAAUAAGCUCCUGGGGAAAGUGACGAUCGCUCAGGGGGGUGUCCUGCCCAACAUCCAGGCCGUGCUGCUGCCCAAGAAAACCGAGAGCCACAAGGCCAAGAGCAAAUUUGAAAUGGCCAGAACCAAGCAGACCGCCCGUAAAUCUACUGGUGGUAAAGCUCCUCGUAAGCAGCUGGCUACUAAAGCCGCCCGGAAGAGCGCGCCUGCCACUGGGGGAGUGAAGAAGCCUCAUCGCUAUCGCCCCGGCACUGUAGCCCUGCGAGAGAUCCGCCGCUACCAGAAAUCUACUGAGCUGCUCAUCCGCAAGCUGCCCUUCCAGCGCCUGGUGCGUGAAAUUGCCCAGGACUUCAAGACCGACUUGCGCUUCCAGAGCUCGGCCGUUAUGGCCCUGCAGGAGGCGAGCGAAGCCUACUUGGUGGGGCUCUUUGAAGACACCAACCUGUGCGCUAUUCACGCCAAGAGAGUCACCAUCAUGCCUAAGGACAUCCAGUUAGCCCGGCGUAUCCGGGGUGAGCGGGCUUAAAGGCUGCACCGCUGCAUUCUGACUACUUGAAUAGUCCAAAAUACUCCAAGGCUCUUAAGAGCCACUACAUGAGCAUUGAAAAGAACUGUA